AUGAGGCAGUUAAUAGAACCAAGCGUAUCGGCUUCUCGAAGACCUUCAACUUUUGAUCCCGAGGCAUUGGCACAUCAUAACUCACCUCCACAUUGGGCACCAAGUAGUAGUGUACCAGGAGAACAGACAACAUCAUCAAGUACCGGUCAGAGAACUUCUUUCUCUGGACCGUCUCCAUUCUCAUCUCUAUGUCUUUCCGUACUAGCAGCCACUCCACAACCCAGAAUGAUCAAUGCGAGGAUUGCGAUGACAGUAGACGCUCCAAGUAUUCGAACAGAGAAUAUCAGAUAUUUUCCAAAAAAGGGAAAAGCUCCCAAAAAACUCAUAUAUUGGAUUCAAAGUGAGAAUCCGUGA